UCAUCGCUCGCUGCCGCUCCCAAGAUGGCGGCGGCGGCGGGCGCGCUGCGGCGCGCGGGCUGGCGGCUGUGGCGGGGCCGCGCGGUGCUCAGGUCCCAGCUCUCCCCACCACAGCGUCCUCUCCAGGCCUCAGCUGUGCUGAGGAGAGUCUCCGAGGAGCAGAAGGAGCCAUGGGCGUCUUCCUCUCAGCAGCAGUUGGAUUCACACCCAGCUGAUCCUCACCCUGAACGGGAGCCUCGGGGCCCCCGCCCCAGUUACACUGGCCAGGGCGGCCAGGAGUCUGAGGACUAUGAGAGCGAGGAGCAGCUGCAGCAUCGAAUCCUCACAGCAGCGCUGGAGUUUGUGCCUGAACAUGGCUGGACUGCAGAAGCCAUUGCAGAGGGAGCCAAGACCCUGGGUCUCUCUGUUGCUGCUGCAGGGAUGUUUCACAGCGAUGGCAGUGAACUGAUCUUGCACUUUGUGUCUCAGUGCAACACCAAACUGUCUGAGCUGCUGGAGCAGGAGCAAAAACUAGUGCAGCUGGGCGAAGCUGAGAAGAAGCCUACAGAUCAAUUCCUGAGGGAUGCUGUGGAAGCCAGGCUGAGGAUGCUGAUUCCAUAUAUUGACAAAUGGCCCCAGGCUCUGAGCAUCCUGUUGCUCCCACACAACAUCCCAACCAGCCUCAGCCUCCUCACCAGCAUGAUCGAUGACAUCUGGCACUAUGCUGGAGACCAGUCCACAGAUUUUAACUGGUACACUCGUCGGGCUGUGCUCACUGGCAUCUACAACACCACGGAGCUGGUGAUGAUGCAGGAUUCAUCCCCUGACUUCGAGGACACUUGGCGCUUCCUGGAAAACCGCGUAGCUGACGCCAUGAACAUGGGCAACACGGCGAGCCAGGUGCAGUCGACUGGAGAAGCGCUGGUCCAGGGCCUGAUGGGAGCUGCUGUCACUAUCAAGAACCUGGCGGGGCUGAACCAGCGCCGGUGAGGCGGGAACGGACGGCGCGGGAGGAGCGGGCCCACCCCUUCCCCGGCACUAAUAAAGCCGCACUUGGCGUGA